AUGGAGGAUGAAGAAUCUGACUCUUCCCUAAGCCCCAAGAAUAUCGGCGCGAAUCUUGAGCCUAUUAUUGAAAACCAUCCUGACACCGAGACCUUGACCGUGUCCGAACAUAUCCCUGACGAAUUCACCCAGGAGGAAUGCCAGAUCGUGCUCGAAACUGUGGUUGAAGAACAAGUUUUACCCAAGGAUGAAGAUAUAGAGAGUGAUACCGAAGUUACACUGGCAGAGAUACCUACACAAAACACACAUGAUACCCAAUCUAUCCCUCCAAUGCCCCAGCCUAUCCUUGAAAUGCCCCCGCCGCCUCGUCGAGGGAUACAGACAGAACCGGAAAUUGCCUUUGAAACUGUCGAGGUACCGCGUACUUUAACACCAAUGGACAAAUUCCACCUUCUCUUCUCAAUAUGGUUGGACGACGCCCGAAUCUCGCGCCAACAAUACGCCUCUCUAGCAGAAAUCUUAAGGACAGUGACGGACACAAGCUCUCUACAAUCCUUGCCAAGGGACAUUACCACUCUAAAGCGAAAGCUAUGGGGCCAAGUUUCACUCUUACCUGUCCGAACUCGGAAAAUCACUAUCAUUCCUUCUCAACUUCCUACACUUUCGGCACGCCAGCGUCACCUCAAUGAGCAGCUCAUGAAGAAUAUCUAUCUUAUUGAUCCGAUUCCACUUGUCACAAAACUCCUCCAAUCCCCAGUUUUCGAAUCUCAUAUGUACAAAGGAGUAGCAGAACUCGUCUCAAAUCCGGGUGAAUUAUGGCAAUCUUUGUCCUGGGCCUCCUCUAUUCGAAGCACAUCUGGUGUUUUUGCUCGCUAUCCCAACAAGACGCCAAUUUUUCCUUCCGAUUUCAUCCGAUACCGUUGCAAUAGCCCAGAUUGUUGUGCCCAAGGGCUUCCCCCGUUCACUCCUCAUUUGGGACGUGUGGUGGGUGUAUACAAGCAACACGAGAACAUGCUUAUCCGCACCCAGAUCAUCAAGCGCCAGACUGAUCUCUUACCUGCCCUUCAUUCAAGCCUAACCAUUUGUGGACCGCCAUUCCAGCGCUUUGAGUUGAUCCCUGUUGAGGACGAAGAGAUUCUACUUCACGAAGAAAAUGUUCUCGGACGCCAACCAGACGUUCUUCUCGAUAGACAGUUUGAGAAUCUUCCCAAUGCCUCUAUACGGCAAACAUCAAGUAGCACAUUCACAAUCUGCCGUGUCUACAAUCGAAGUCGGAAUCAUGUGCGUCCUCUACAACAGACUCAUCCAAUUAGAGGGGAACUUGAGAUAGCACAUUAUGGGCGUCAAUUUCUUAUUGAUACCCUUUCUUCGCGAUGUAUAUCCCUCCCAUACCAAAUGUUCAUCGAUGGGUUCGGUCUUUACCGUACUAUGUAUCGAAGCAUUAUGGGCAUAUACAUGAUUCCUUCUUGUGUCAACGCGGAAGAGCGUGCUAAAAGAUCAAACGUGCUCCCGAUAACUCUGGGUCCUCAUGGAAGUAAUUUCUCAGAUGUGAUCGCCAGCCUACCGCACCUCCGUAGGCUUGAGCAAGGUGUGGACAUUCCAUGGACAGAUGGCAACAAUGUGAUAACGCUGGCUGCAAACGAGGACACGCAGAUCGAGGGUGAUCAACGCCAAGCCCAAAUGUCAAGGUCACGAACUGCUCGAGCUGAAGCAUUUCGCGAUUUAGGAUUGGCUGACAACGAAUCACCUCUUCUUCAAAUUUGCCCAGCCCUUGAUCGGGUUACCCAUUUCCCGUCCGAUGUAUGUCAUUCCGAGUAUGGCGGGAUUUCAAAAAUGGCACAUAAACUACUCGUCGAUGAGAUCCUCACGAAGUCUGGGAAGGAGAUGUUCCUAAACCGUUUAAGAGGAUUCCCAUUCCCCCCAGGCUGGUGCAGAUUGCAGUCUCCAGUCACACAUUUAGAGAGUUAUCAACUCUCCGAACAUGCCCGAGCAAGCAUUGUGUUUCCCCUACUCCUCUGCCGAAAUCUGGAGAAGUCCUGGAUUGAUCCAGCUUUCUAUCAAGGAGUAUCCCGUGCGUUUCCCACUUCAGUUUCACCGCCAGAGGAUAUUAUUGUCCUUGCUUUUGCUGCUAUUGCUAGGAGUAACGUGCUCCUAUCGAGUCGCACAAUGAGCCAAAAGGAUAGAGAAAGUAUCAAGAAAACAGUGGAGCGAGCACGGUCCGGUCUUCAAGGGCUGCUCGAGGCAGCAGCACUUGCGUCACAGGAGAUCCGACGGUCACGUUCAAGGUCACAAUCUAUAUUUCUCGGCGCCGAGGGAACUCCUGAUCGUCAAACGCCAGCUCCAAGUACAAAUAAGAAAGGGACAUCCUUCAGGGAAAUGCAACGUCGCCCAAAUAUGCACAUUGGUAUUCACUACGCCGACGAUGCAGAGCUAUUUGGGGUCCCGAUGAACAACAACACACUUCCUGGAGAGGGUAAACAUCAUGAUCAUAAGGAGCUCGUCCUUACAAUGAACGGAACCGAAGUCGAGCGAACCUUGCUUCUCGAAGAAAGCUUCCGACGCACACUGCGGUUCUACCUAGAAGGAGCAUACUUAAACGAAGAUCAGGUCACAACACAGACGAUCCAGGAUGCAGCAAUGGAAUGCCCUCUAGUGUUUCGAAGUCUUUUUCAUAUUGAUCUUCCGCAAGCGGGACAUGGCCACCAUGAUUCUAAAUCCUCUGGUAUCAAUCGCCUAUUACCGGAAGGCUAUUCCGCAUUGAAACUUCUACUACCUUGUUCCGGAUCUACAAUACCAGGUUUCACAAUCCCGUCAUAUCUGUCCGCUGUUAGAGUUCGACAUCCUUUUGUGGAUUCCCUUCGGGGUGCAUAUCGAGACGAGUACAACAAGCCAUAUGUCUCUGACCCUGGCAAGUAUGUUCCGCGCUGGUAUAAGAAAACCUCAUUCUACCAUAAACCCACGAAGAAACGUCACACUCUUUCAAUCGGAGAUUUUUUACAAUACCGGCAACAACAAAUAGGACUUGUCCUUGGCUUCUUCACGCACGAGCUAAUACCUGGGGAAACAAGAGUCUUCGUGUAUCUCCAACCUCUCUCACCCACGAGUAGAUUGGACCCAAUCCUCCUCCUACCCGAACUCCAUCUACAACCGACUUAUAUAGUUGUGGGCCUCCCAGGUGUCUCAACCCGCAAGGAUUACGUCUUAAAGACCACAAAACGGAAUACCCAACAGUCGACGACCAGGGGUAUUGGGGAUGACGAUGAAUCUGAUAUCAAGUUUACGCACUGCAUAUGGGAAGUUGAAUUCUUUUAG